AACUGACUUCUGAGCAAUUGCCUGAAGAAACUUUCUUACGGUCUCCUUGUUCUUCUAGCUUGAGGGAAAAAAAAAUGGUGGUUCAACAAGAACAGUUUCUGCUGGUUACAGUAUCCUUGCAGGGCCACUUGAACCCUAUGCUUAGGCUUGCCAAACGCCUUGUUUCAAAAGGCAUUAAUGUCACCAUUGCCACUAAUGACCAAGUUGCAAGCCACCGGAUGCUCAAGUCUACCAAAGACUCCACCAAUAAUUUGCCUGCUGCUGCCCUGAACACCACUCCUCAACCCGCUGGAAUCAGUCUUGUGUUCUUCUCUGAUGGCCUCAGUCCGGAAUUUGAACGCAACAAGGAUGUUGAUUCGUUUAUCAAGUCCCUGAGAACGACAGGAGCCAAAAACCUGUCAAAUCUCAUAGCCGAUUUCAUAGCGCAGGGCAAGAAAUUUUCUUGCAUUAUCUGCAAUCCUUUCAUGCCAUGGGUGCCUGAUAUUGCUGCUGAACAUGGCAUCCCUUGUGCUGUGCUUUGGAUCCAAGCAUGCACUGUCUUAUCUGUUUACUAUCAUUACUUCAAGCAUUCCAAUUUGUUUCCUUCAAUUGAGAACACGGAUGAGUCCUUAGAGUUGCCUGGAGUGCCAGUUUUGCAGGUAAAAGAUCUUCCCUCCUUCAUUUUCCCAUCAAGUCCCCCCAUAUUCUGUGAAACACUAUUUCAUUUUGUUCAAAACUUGGAUAAGAUAAAAUGGGUUUUAGUGAAUUCUUUUGCUGAAAUAGAGGAGGAGACAGUGAAGUACAUGGCUUGUCUCCAUCCUAUUUAUCCCAUUGGCCCAUUGGUGUCUCCAUUUCUGUUAGGAGAAGAAGAAAAGACUAUUGGCAGUGUUGAUAUGUGGGAUGCUGAAAGUUCUUGCGUCGAGUGGCUUGAUCAGAAACCACCAUCAUCGGUCAUUUACAUUUCCUUUGGCAGCAUAAGCGCGUUGUCUCAAAAACAAAUGGAUAACUUAGCCAUGGGAUUAAAGAAUAGCAACAGACCAUUUCUUUGGGUGAUUAAGCCUCGAGAGAAAAAUUCUGAGGAGAAAGGAGGUGAAUUGCCUGCUACGUUCUUGGAGGAGACCAAGGGAAGGGGCAUGGUAGUGACAUGGUGCUCACAAGAGAAGGUAUUAAUGCACCAAGCCGUGGCAUGCUUCAUUACACAUUGUGGGUGGAACUCGGCGCUGGAGACGGUGGUAGCAGGGGUGCCUGUCAUUGCUUAUCCGGGGUGGACAGAUCAGCCAACAGUUGCUAAGUUUUUGGUUGAUGUUUUAAAGAUAGGUUCCAGGAUAAAAGUUGAAGAUGAGGUUGCAAGCGCAGGAGAGGUAGAAAGGUGCAUUGUUGAGGUCACUGAUGGACCAAAAGCGGAAGAGAUGAAGAAAAGGGCGUUGGAAUUGAGUGAGGCAGCCAAGAAAGUGGCGGCGGAUGGUGGAUCUUCUGAUCAGAACAUUACUGGGUUUAUCAGUGAGAUAAUUGGUGGUCAUUCCUGCAAAGUGUGAAAGAGGUGGAAGAAAAGGAAAAUUUUUAAAAUGCUUAAGAAAGUUGCAGUAGUCCAAGUAGUGUUAGUAAUUACUAAUCAAAUAAAUUAAUCUUUCCAUAUAGGUAAAAGUAUUAGUAGUGCAAGUAAUUACUAAUCACAGAAAUCUUUCCAAAUCUGGAGGUCAAGCUUUCUCUUGAUAUGCUGUCACCUUCUGCCUUCUGAAAAAAGCUUGACCUAUGUUACUUGCUCCUAAUUAUGAAUGUGCGUAUCUAUUAAUGUUGAAAUAAAGAGAAAACCUCUCUCUUUGUUUAGCA